AUGGAAUCCAAAGAUGGUGAUGAUAAGAAUGAAAAACAUUUACAACAACACCCUUUGGUGAAAGGAGGAGUUGUUGUUGAAGCAUCUUCUACUCUUGUUAAUCCUCAACAAGCACAAUACCAGAUUCCACAAGGUUUAAUGGAGAUUUACAUGACUGGCCAGAAUAUAGCACAAUCGUUACACACACAAGAUAAUGUUACAUCAGAUGAACAUGGUAGAAAACGAGGCACAUCACAAGAUAAGGCCUUUGAGAAAAGACAAAAGAGAAUGAUUAAGAAUAGAGAAUCUGCUGCACGUUCUAGAGCAAGAAAACAAGCUUACACAACUGAAUUGGAGCACAAAGUCUCUCGUCUGGAAGAAGAAAAUCAAAAGCUCAGGAGACAAAAGGAGAUAGAAGAUAUAUCGUCGAUUAUGCCACCUCAAAAACCAAGAUACCAGAUUCGUCGAACUAAAUCAGCUUGGUUUUGA